AUGGCGAAGAAGCGAAAGAACGAUGAUGAAAAAAGCGGCGAAGGUGCGCCAGCCGAGAAAAAGGAGAAGGUAGAGAAAUGGUUGAAGACGUCGGGGGAUUCUGAAGCGGCGGCGACGACGGAGAAGAAGAAAAAGAGACCGUGGAGAAAUAAGGUUCGAAAACUUGCGGCGAAAAAAGCGGCAGCUGAAAAGAAAACUUCUGAAAAUCCAGAAGAAUCGAUGAUUCUGGAAGCAUCAGAAGACGUGACCAAAAAGAAGAAAAAACGAGGACCGAAAAAGAAGAAAUUCAAGCCAGAAGUCGUUGAGAAGAAGGCAGAUGACGUCACUGAGGAUUCUGAAGUCGUCGAUAAGAUUGCUGACGCCAAGAAGCGACUUGACGCCGGACGAUUCAGAUACUUGAACGAGAAACUGUAUACAUGCACUGGAUCCGAGGCGUUUGAUUUCUUUAAGGAGGAUAGGACCGCCUUUGAUUUGUAUCAUAAGGGCUUUGCGGAUCAGGUCAAAAAAUGGCCGAAUCAUCCGCUCCGAGAGAUCGUCCGUUGGCUCCAAUCGAAACCAGAUCAACAGUCAGUAUUCGAUUUGGGAUGUGGUGAGGCGAAGAUUGCGGAGGCUGUUGGAGAGAAACAUAAGAUUCGCUCCUUCGACUUGGUGGCUGUAAACGAGCGAGUCGAGUCUUGUGACAUGUCGAAACUUCCAGCAGAGGAUGGAUCUGCGGAUAUUGUCAUAUUCUGUCUAUCUCUUAUGGGAACGAAUCUUUAUGAUUUUAUCAAAGAGGCCAGAAGAGUUCUUAGAAUUGGCGGUAUCCUGAAAAUCGCCGAAGUCACCUCCCGUUUCGUAUCCAUCAAACAAUUCUGCGAAGCGAUCACCAAAAUGGGAUUCGAGAUGGCCAACCGUCGUCAACUCACCGACUAUUUCAUGAUGUUCGAAUUUCGAAAAAUCGAGAAAGUCGAGCAGAAACGGCCGUACGGAUUGAAGUUGAAGCCGUGUUUGUAUAAGAAGCGUUGA